AUGUUGAGUGGUAAACAAGGGGACAUGAUUCUGUCUAGAUUCGUAACACAAAGGAACUACACAAUUGGUGUACAGAAAAGAGGGGUGGCUGACUGUGGACAUCGCGAUUUAGCAUUGGAGGACACCAUUGCAUCAGCAUACGGAGAUCUCACAGGUGAAACUUAUAGUAUUGAUGGCGUGCCAUGGGAGUCGAAAACAAACUUCUUGAAUACGGGAGAGACAACGGGUAUAUCUAGUAUGCGCUACACUGUGGAUUAG